GCGUGGGCUCCUCUCCGGCCUAUUUUAAGCCCAAGCAGCUGGUGCUGUAGGCACCAACGCCGGCUUCCCGGGCAACUCCCAAGGGACGUGGGGCCCUCCUCCAGCGGCUCCCGCGGCAUGGCCACUGGCAGAGGCACAACGGCUGCAGCGGUUGCUGGCCCCACAGCGAUGCUCAGGGAGGCUGGAGAAGAAAUCGAGGUGAAGGCAGACACCUCCCCACCCAGGGAGCCCAUCGACCUCAAUGGCAACGACCUGGCAGAGAUCAACCUGCACUCGGUGGAAUCCAUCAGUGACCUGUACUGGGUGCCUGGGGGCCACAAGGCCGCGGAGGGGAACGGCCUGUCUCAGUCCACCACCCCACAGACCCCUCAGGCUCACUCCACCAAGCGCUGUGGGGCUGGGCCAGCCCUCCUGCCGACACUGCGAGCUGUCCGCACCACCCCCAUCUGCCCCUGCUUCCAUCCUGCCUGCUGCCGCACAGCCCUCUUCGCCCUGCUCGGGGCCCUGGUGCUGGCCAGCCUCACCCUCGCCACGCUGGCCGUGUACCUGAGCGUCCUGCAGAGCGAGUCGCUGCGGGUCCUGUCCCAGUGGCUAGAGGCCCAGGGGGAGUCCGUGCGGCAGAUGAGGGCCACCAGCUUGCAGCUGUGGAAGCGGUUGAAUGUCAGCGAGGCCGCGGACCAGAUGUGAGCCGACCACCCCGGGCCUGCUGCUCCUUCUGAGGGGGGGGGGGGGUAUAAGUCCAGAACUGCCUCCCGCACCCUGGGGCAAGCGCCCCCUCUCUGCAGGGAACAUGGACUGACCAGAAGCCAGGCCAAGCACUUCUGGUCUCAGGGGGUCAUUGCUGGAGUACUGGGAGCCUGUUCAGGGGCAGGCAGCCUGUAAAGGACUAAGGGGGGAUAAUGAGGAGAAUCGCCAUCAUUACACCCCCCCCCUCCCCCGCAGCCUAUUUAUUAUCCACUCCACACUCACGCCUUAUUUAUAACCCCUCCCCCUCUAACACCAGCUUCUCCCUCCCCCCAGCACUAUUUAUCCUUUCUAAAUAUAAAUUUUGUAUGUGACGAAGCUGUACUAGCACGCAUCCCCCCACCCUCCAACAGCCCCAUGGGACCCAGCUACCAGCUAGCUUCAUGGCCUGCUCGAACCGCUGUGGUUGGAGUUCAGGGCAUGACCCCCACCUGGGCACCUGCCAAACAGCCCGAACCUAGGCACACCCUGAAGCUACUCUACCUUUGCUGGGGAGGGCACAAAGGGCCUGUGAGCUGAAACAGGAGGCAUGCUAGAGGGGUCCCAGCCCAGUGGUGGCUGGGGGGAGCCCAUGGCUCAGGCUUGAGGGGCACCAGCCCAGCUGGGGGAGGCAGUUAGACCAGGAAAGGCAGAUGCUGGAGCCUGACCUUCCACAGCUGCAGAAAGCAAGAGCCCCUCAAGGCUUGUUUAGGCCUUCAGGCCUUUUCUGUAGAGAAUCAGCCCCAAAUCUCUUCCCCUCCUUACCCUUAACUCAUGGUUUGCAACCUAUUUACCAGUGUGGGCAGCAUAUGCAGCCCACAUGAUGUUACCUGGGCUGCAGGUUGAGAACCACAGUGCCCACCCCCCAAAUCUCUUUGCCCAGCACCCCCUCCACAGAGUGGGGCCAGGAGCAGAGUCCCGGGUGCAGGGUUAGGUGGCAGGGGCCCAGGGCCCUGCAGUGCCAGGCCAGGCAGCAGCCCCAACCAUGCCGGGCAGUAGGGCAGCCGCAACCCUGCAACACAACCUGGACCCUGCUGUGCAAGCCAGGCAGGCAGCUGGGACCCCAAACUGACCCCAUCAGGCUGGGCAGCUGGGACCCUGCCACACAGACCACAUGCAGCCCAUGUUGAGAACCACUGCCUCAACCCCUGGAAGUAUUUAAUAAUGGGCGUGGUUGAUUCUCCAUCCCUUGCAAUGUUCAGAUCAAGCCAGGGUGUUUUCCUAGCAGCUCUGCUCUGGGGAUUAGUGGGGCAGGCCUGUGUUUCACAAAUGGUCGGACUGGAUGGAACCCAGGAGACAAAGCAGUGGAGAGCUCCUCGCUGGCUUCCCCCAGUGGCAAGGGGCAGGGUAGCUGGAAUGCUGCCUCUUGCUCCCUUUGCAGGGCAGGAUGGUUCUGUGGCCGAGGCUGCCAUGGGGACACCGGCCCAGCAUGCAUGGCAGGGGGCUGGGAAAGGGUAAGGGUCCCAUCCUGCACUGCCAGACGCAGACAGGAGGAGGGAAUGCCUGGCUCCUGCAUGGGGGAGGCAGCCCUGCUGCAGGCAGAGCAUGUCCUCAGGAGCUGCAGAGAUGGCCCUAGGGCACACCCCUGCCCUGAACAGCCCAUCCCAACCCAGCAGGCCCGCCCACAUCCAAAGCCCUGAUCGCCUCUCCCUGCCCUCCCCAGCAGCAGGUGCUGCCCUGCACUUACCGCUUCUGAAAUCAGACUAGGCAGCCUAGACAUUUGCCUUUUAAUGAUCUCCGCUAAUCACCCUGUUAUAAAACCACUCCAGCAAUCCAUUUGAGGGAAGCCCUGUAGGAUAGGGUGAACACCCCAAUGGCCCAGGUGAGCAUCCCAUAGCAAAGUCCCCGUCCCUCCAUGAUACAGAGCACAAGCUGGGCCAUGCUACUGCCCUGUCCCACCUCGCUCUGCCCCUGCUGCCUUUCUUCUCCCCCUCUGGCAUGGUUUCUUUGUGUGUCCCCCCCCCACUAUGGCAGAGCCCAGCCCCGCAGAGCAGCAGCGAGAAGUUGAUGUGACCUUCAUAGCCAGAGAGCACCUGGGCCAGCUUUGGCCCCUUAGGCCAUUGUGCUGUCAUUGUGCUGUGGAGACCAUAAGGAAGGCCUCAACCCCAGGCAGGGAGCCACCUUCAAAGCACUCCAGGGGAGAUGCUUCCUAGCAAGGGGUGGCUGGCCCCAUUCCCCCAGCUCUGGGCAGAGGCUAGUGGGAGCAGGAGGGGACCCAACCCCCGACAGGCAGGUAACAAGGCUCAGAAGAAAGUGAAAUUGCAGCCUUCAGAGGGGCAAUUUUUCAUCCGGAAGGGCAGAGGGAGUGUGGUUCCUGGCCUUUUACCCCCCUCCCCCAAGCACCUGCCAAGCAAGGCAAGAGGGGGCACUACAGAAACAGGGGGCCCUCCUCUCCCAGCACACGCUGUAGGGUCACACUAAGCCUGCCUGUGUUUUCUUUUGGGGGUGGGGGGGAGGGGUCGGAGUGGGCGGAGAGGAAGAAUCACUUCCAAAGGGGAUUUCUAAAGAGACAAUGCCUGGUUAAAGCGAGCACAGUUCCCAGCCCUGCAAUGCCUCAUUGAGCCUUUACAAGGCUUGCCCCGCCCGCACUGCAGCCCUUUGCUCCCUCAGCAUGGUUCGUUUCACCUUUCCCACCAGCUCAGUUUCUCUCAGCUUUGGGGUGGGGGGCAGACAGGUCUGGGGCUAGUCCAGGCACUACACUCCAUUAGUUACUAUUAGACUGAGUCAGACCUGGCUAACUCGGGGUGAGAUCUGAGGGGGACAGAGCUGGGGGGGGGGGAGGGGGGGGCUGUGCUGGUAGCCCGCUCCAGUGCUCAGUUCUAGGCUCUGCCUUCAUCACCCACAAUCCCCACCCUCGUCUCUAGCAGCCAGGGGCCCAGGGCCCUGAGCAGGCUGCUGCUCGCUCCAAGAUCUCUGGCUUCUCCCUGGAGGGGGUGGGGGAAUCCCAUCUCCACCUCACUGGUCACACUAGGGACUGCAUCAACCCCUCUUGGCAAGCGAUCCCCACUUCACACUCUGACCUUCCCUGUACCCUGCUAUGGGAGAUGAACCCCAAGACCCCACCCCACAAAACACGAGCACCUGAGGGGAGCAGCAGCUCCUCAGCAGUGACCCUACCCCCAUGGGGCCCUGUUAGUUCCACCCUGACACUGGUUGGGGAUUUCUCUCAAACCAGUGGCUACUGAUGGCCCACGGCCCCAUGGGCCCAUCCUGAGCCAUGCUCAUGACUCCUGGAAGGGCAGGGGAAGAGCUGGUUGGCCUGCGCACAUGGGAGGGGCCCAAUGCAAGCAUGUAUGUAUUGGGGAGGGCAGGGUGAACAGCCCCUGCAGUAAUGCCACACCCUCAGCAUUUCACCAGCCACUUCAAUUGCCAAUUCCCACUUCACCCAGCUAAGGCAAACAGCUCCCACAGCAGGGGAGAGAACAAGACACCCAGCUGAAAAUCCGCCUCCCCCCUUCCCCGCUGCCUCCAGCCUGCGCACUGAUUCACAGCAUUUCCAUGGGACAGCACCUGGAUGGCCCAAUGCGCUCGCAGGAGCGGGUGGCGGCCAGAGGAGGCUAAAAUCACCAGCUAAAAGUGGGGGGCUUCCCCCCCACCCAAACCUCGCUUACAUUUU